UUCCAGCGUCUGAAAUUAUACAACCUCGGAAUCUUGGUGAAUAGAGAGCAUGGGCGAAGCGAUGCAGGGGUUUGCCUAUGCGAUUUGCCUUCUGCUUUCCGUACUGCUCAAUAUUCUGUUGGUUGGGAAUAUUUUGUACGGGGGAGAUGGAGAGUGGAGGCUCCGGCUGCCAAACGGAGAGCUGAAGUGGAGCCAGGACGCGGCAGCGGCGGCGGAGGCUGUGGCUGCGCUUCAGUGCUCCGGCCAUGGCAUAGCGUUUCUCGACGGGGAGAUCGGUGAUGAUGGUGUUACACCUGUGUGUGAGUGCCACACCUGCUAUUCUGGCUCUGAUUGCUCUCUCUUAUUGCCUGACUGCUUUGCUGAUGCUGACAGUGGGGAUCCUUUGUUUUUGGAGCCUUUCUGGGUGCAAAAUGCAGCUAGCAGUGCGGUGGUAGUGUCAGGAUGGCAUCGGAUGAGCUAUUCAUUUCCAGAUUCUUCAAUUUUCUCUCAACAACUGGAGAAUCACAUCCGGAAAGUGCACGCCAUUGCCAGAAACGCAAUCACCGACGGCAAAUAUAUCGUCUUUGGUGUCGGCUCAACUCAACUCUGUAAUGCGGCUGUUUAUGCUCUUUCUUUGGAAAACUCCUCAUCCCUUUCACCCGCAAAAGUCGUCGCCAAAAUCCCCUUUUACCCGCUUUAUAAGAUGCAGACUGAAUAUUUUGAGACCAAAAAUUAUGAAUUUGAAGGAGAUCCGUCUUUGUUGAGGAAUGAUACAGAUGCAGCUGGAAAUGUGAUCGAGUUUGUAACUUCGCCCAACAAUCCAGAUGGGCAUUUGAGGGCGCCGGUUGUAGGAGGUCCCUUUGCAAGGACUAUUUAUGAUCGAGCUUAUUACUGGCCUCAUUUCACUGCCAUCCCUGCUGCCGCUGAUGAAGAUCUUUCCAUUUUCACCAUCUCCAAGCUCACUGGCCAUGCUGGAAGCAGAUUCGGGUGGGCAAUUGUAAAAGAUAAGAGUGUGUAUGAAAACAUGGUGGCGUAUAUAAGGACAGCAGAACUAGGAAUUUCAAAGGAGACACAGUUGAGGGCUCUGAGUCUCCUGAAAACAGUGGUCCAGGGUGAUGGCAGGGGAAUCUUCAACUUUUCCUAUGAAAAAAUGAAGAACAGAUGGGAAAGGCUGAGCCAGAUCAUAUCCCAGUCUCGUAGAUUCACCCUCCAAGAAAUUUCUCCAAAUUACUGCAAUUUUUUCGAGAAAAUUCGAGGGCCCUCUCCAGCGUAUGCGUGGGUGAAGUGUUUAAGGGAGGAAGAAACAGAUUGCGGUGCAGUCCUGGAAGCGGCGAAGAUCAUAGGGCGAGCAGGCAGCAUGUUCAGCGCCGAGGAUCGUUAUGUGCGCCUCAGCCUCCUCAAGAGGGACGACGAUUUCGAACAGUUGCUGGCUCGGUUGAGGGAGCUGGUCGCCAUUGAAGAUGGUGCAAAAACCAUGUGAAUACAACAUUGUAAUAACUAAUAAGUCCCAAGGGGAUGUUUAUUACUUUGAAUAAUGACCGUGAAUUUUUUUAGUCAUAAAGAAAAUUAUACUUGGAAUUUGGUUUCCAGGUGGGGAUAGUGUUUGUUGUGUAUUUCAUUGACGCUGUUACAAAGGUAAAUAAUAUACUUGGAAUUUGUUUUCCUGGUGUUUAUUGCGAGUAA